UUUCGCAUCCUCCCCGCGUUCAGUCAGGACGCAGAUAUAGUUGAGGAGCUGGCGGGAACCAUUUGUCACCCCCCCCCCCUACGUCAUUGCGCCGCCUGCCACGUUCCGCAGGAGCGGGUCUGCCAAAAGAGGCCACGCCUACAUCGCUGGAUGACGUCACGGGAGCGGGGAAAGCUCUCAUUUUCCCAGCGAAGGAGGAAUGACGUUUCCUCAUUGAUGUCCUGAAGAAGAAGCGAUCUGAGUAAAUGGGAACAGGUCCUCACAAUGCAGGGCGGCUGCGGUGCUCUGGUGUGUCUGUGGGCAGCACAUGGCAUCUGCGGCCUGACCUGGAAACCUAACGACCCUCCAAGGGCAAGGAACGGCAAGCAGACAUUUCUCAUCAAUACGCUGAACAGCAGUGACCACUGUCAAAGGAAACGCAAAGUAUCAGCCCUGGGUCUAUGGAGCGCGUCGCUGGACGAUGAUCUCGCCAAAUUGCCAAUUGAUUCAAUCCGAAGCAAUUAUGUAAGAAAGGUGAAAGACUGCGUCUUCUCCCGCACCUACCCUACUCCGUUCAUGACUGAUGUACGUCUUGUUGCCGUCUCAGAGGAGGUCCUGGAGAAUCUGCUGGAUGUGGACAUGUCUGCUGUGAGCACGGACGAUUUCCUGCAGUUUGUCAGCGGGGGUAAAUCGAUUGCAGGAUUUGCUCCUCUGACGCACAGAUACGGAGGCCACCAGUUUGGUGUUUGGGCAGGCCAGCUGGGAGACGGCAGAGCGCAUUUGAUUGCCACCUACAUCAACAGGUACGGCGAAAGAUGGGAACUUCAGUUAAAGGGAUCAGGAAAGACUCCUUAUUCUAGGACUGGAGAUGGGAGAGCUGUGCUGCGCUCCUCUGUAAGAGAGUUCCUGUGCAGCGAGGCCAUGCACUACCUGGGUGUUCCCACCAGCAGAGCCGCCAGCCUUGUUGUGAGCGACGAUGUCGUCUGGAGAGAUCAGUUCUACAAUGGGAAGGUUACAAAAGAACGGGGAGCAGUGGUAUUGAGAGUUGCCAAAUCUUGGUUUCGUAUUGGUUCUCUGGAAAUUUUGACUAAUUCUGGGGAAUUUCACUUGUUGAGGGAAUUAGUUGACUUUAUCAUUAAAGAACACUUUCCAGCUAUCAUCCGAACAGAUCCUAAUAGAGUUUUGGCUUUCUUCAGCAUAGUUGUGUCUCAGACAGCGGACAUGAUUGCACGGUGGAUGUCUGUAGGGUUUGCACAUGGUGUGUGCAAUACAGAUAACUUCAGCCUCCUGUCAAUCACUAUUGAUUACGGUCCGUUUGGCUUCAUGGAAAAUUACGAUGCUGAUUACGUUCCAAACACAUCUGACGAUGACGGGAGGUACAGGAUCGGAAACCAGGCCAACGCUGGAAUGUAUAAUCUGAACAAGCUGCUUGUAGCAUUAAACCCCCUGAUGGACAACAGACAAAAACAGAUAGCUUCAGCCAUUCUGUCAGGCUUCCCGGAUCAGUAUUACCAGAGGUUCACACAGCUCUUUAGGGCAAAACUGGGAUUUUUAGGUGCAAGAGAAGAAGACUUGUCCUUGAUUGCGUCCUUUCUUAAUAUGAUGGAAGAUACAAAGGCGGAUUUUACAAUGUCGUUUUGUCAGCUGAGUGAGAUAGCAGACGUCCAGCUAAGGAAGCUCACCAUUCCUGAGGAAUACUGGGCCCUACAUGACAUCGGCCAACACGUGGAUUUCUCAGCGUGGGUCACCGUGUACCUACAAAGAUUACAAAGUAACCCACAUGAUUCCGAUUCUAAAAGAAGACACCGGAUGAAAACUACCAACCCUAGAUAUAUAUUACGGAACUGGAUGGCAGAAUCUGCAGUCCGCAAGGCGGAGAGAAAUGACUUUUCAGAGGUUCACCAAUUGCAGAAAGUUUUACAACGACCUUUUGAAAUGCAAAAGAUAGCAGAACUGGCUGGAUAUUCCCAAGAAGCUCCAGAAUGGGCCAAAGAGUUGAAAGUCAGCUGCUCGUCCUGAUCCAGCCUUAAAGGGGUUGUCCAAGGAUUUUUCUUUUUAGAUUCCCUCUACCACUCAGCUGGACCCAUGACACCAUCUGUACUCACCUGUUCCCCAUUGCUCCAUUCUAGCUCUGUGACUGCCGCACUUCCGGUCCAUGUCAACUGCAAGGGUGGGCUCACCUAUGCCACUGCAGCCAAUAACUGGCCUCUGCACUGGCAGUCCAUAAGUGUCUUGUCACUGCAAGGCCAUGUCCCGCUGGAGAACACAUCACUGCUGAGACCACUUAUUGGCUGCAGUGGCUUACGUGAACCUGAACCCAUUCAGGAAGUGACACAAAGGUCCGAAAGUGCAGUGAAAGUCACCCUGGGAGCUACACAGAGAGCCCAAACGGAGUGGCAGGGAGCAGGUAAGUAUAGAUCUCUUAACAGGUCCGCUGGCUGGGUGGAGGAUUUAAAAAAAAACUAAAAAAACCCUUUAAAUUGUGAAUGUAAGAAUUAUCAAUAAAGUGUGUAUAUACACCAUG